AUGCAGGGCUUCAUUGAUUUACUUCGUGUCAAGUUUCCAGGCCUCCGAGUGAACGCGCCGUGCGACGGCAAAACGCAACAGAACAUGCAGACGUCGGCCGGAGUCGAAGAAGAUGCUGCUGAAGGUGGUGAAGGAGUUCGCACGCGUGUUGACGGGAGCGUGCUUGACGAGCAGGCAAAGCAGAGUGGUGGCCAUCACGGCGUGCGAAGCUACCUCAUCACCGGCCACAACUGGGGUGGUACUCUGAGCGAGUUGAUGGAUACUACUCGAAAAAUCGUAGAGGGCAAUCACCCGGAUAAGAGCUUGCGAACGAAAAAGCCAUCAGCGGGGCACCCAGUGAUACGGGAACUGGUUGGGCGAGAGGAAUUCGGAACGAAAACUUACAGAAAGCACUGGCAUCUUGCUAUCACGUGCGCGUCACGCUUCAGGUAUUUUCGUCUUUGAUUUUCUUUCGUGCCACGGCGUUAUCAUGGGCAAUCUUGUCACAGGACUAGUUGCUUUCAAUGGCGUACUGAUUGACUCUUCGUCAAGUAAUUCCUUUUUUUGACUUCAGUCAUUUUUUCUCUUCACGUCCUUUCAGCUUGGCUUCUUUCCUCAAACCAGGUGGGGCGCUUAUCGCUCUCUGCUAGCGAAGGCAGGAUUUGAUUGCAAUUUCAAGGAGCUGAAAUUCGCAAACAGCGUGUUUUACAUUUCGCAGCCUACGCGAAGCAAAGGCGCGCAUUUAUUCGGGGAAAUCGCUCACUACGUCAAGCCGGGUUGCGUGCGGC